CACGAUAAUGCAAAGAAACGUGAUAAUCACGAGAUGAUCUGACACAUGUUGCAGCCCCAACAUAUCUUACUCGAACCAAAUGAGAUAUAAAGCAAGCGAGACACCCUCCUAACAUAAAGACCCUUCCAUAUCAGAUAUCAUGUCGCAUCAAACACCAAAAACGAACUUCAUACCUCUCCUACCAGUAGAAAUCCACUCGCAGACUAAGAAAGCCUCGCCUUUGAUCAACAAAAUGACACAGCAAGGCUCCGAACCACGCACAGAGACUGCCCCCUCCUCUGGGCAUCAAGACCGAAAUCAAACAAGCCCGGGUCUUAGUCAUGGCAUUGUAGGCCAAGGAAAGUAUGACUACCCCUCCCCAAAAGCCACUGUGCUUUUCUCACAAAGCAGCGAACACCCAACCACAAUGAUGGCAGAAGACAAGACUUCUGGAAUGACAACAGAAGUCAAUGAACUGCUGAAGACUAGUUCAUGGUCUCUUCCGCAUGCUCGCGAGUAUCAGAAGCAUGCUUGGCAUAGUUCCGUGCUGGGAAUGGAGGCCAAAGUCAAAGACGAAUGGGGAUUUUCCAGCGCAAGCGUGUCGCGUUCGCACACCCCAAAGCCAGUUUGCUAAGAUGAUUGUUGUUGAUGAAAAGUUCUUUUGUAAAUCAUCUGUGGCAAUACGUAGUUUAGUGUAGCGUCUUCUCCUUCGUCAGCGCUAGCGAUGGUUUUCCCCGCUUCUGUGCAACCAAAUUAUCUUUGUGAGAUAUCGUAGCGAUCGAUCAAACCAAAAUUGGCUGAAUUUUCAGCUAAGCUGUGUAUUUUACAUGAAAUUCUAACCCGACUUCUACUA